CAAAAAUCUGAAAUACUGACUAUUCCCUUCCUGUCGGUCGGUCGGUCACCGUUUUGUAAGCUAACUGAUGAAACGCUUGUAAUUAUAGAAACAGAGGGGAAAGAACGUCCCUGAUUGUACAGUUUUGAAACGUCUUCUUGGCCCAACUCUUGCGAAGGAAUUGUUACUUCUAAGUUCAUGUGCAAACGUAUUUCAAAUCUGUAAACCGCUUUGGAGGCAAACCAAGCACAAGAGAUCUACUCAGUCUUGUUUUGACAGUUUGUGUUUACAUCGCGAGAAUCUGGUGGCUGACUUUAGACUUGUCUUUAGUUGUCUUUUUUGUGUGUGAAUCAGAAUUAGAAAUCAGUGAAGUGAUACUGACACUGAGGUACUUGCAUUACACAACAGGUUAGAGAUUAAUUAGGUCAGGAUCCAACAAAUUCAUUCACGAGUAGAUCUAGAAUCUAGUCAUCACCUUGUGAGUGUGUGUCCAUCAACAAGUUAACAAGAGAAUGGCUUCUUCAGUUUUCACACAGGCUUUUUGUCAACCACAAGUGUCUGUGGCUGUCUCACAUCUCAAUGCAAUGUUUAGCGGGGUGAGAGCUAUGUCUAGCCACAAGGAAGCAAGAAUCAAGGAGAGAAAUGUAUUAGACAGAGACAAGGAAAAUGUCUCAGCUUCCUCAACUUCAAAGACAGAGUGUUGUCACGACAUUGAGUUUGAACCCAUGCAGGUCUCUGAGUUAAAUCUGUUGUUGCGUGACACUCAUGAUGCGGUGACCACACCGACCACAGCUCUGGUGCAGCUGGCCCGCAGUUCAAACCAAAGAAACAGUAGCCUGCGGUGGUCAGAGUGCCACACAUCCGCCAACACAUUCUUUGAAAAUGUAACAGGCUUUCCAAGACACCAGUUAGAUGCAAACCAUCCCCUCCCACUCUCCACACUGCAGAAUGCUGCGAAGGACCCAGUCUUCAGGAGGAUUUUCAAGUCUUUGGUUCAUUCUCAUCAGUAUUCUCAGCACCGGGGCUUUAAAACUCGCCGCUCUGACUAUAAAUCUGGCAUUGGUUCUAGGAAGGAUAAAGAAGAUCAUUCCAUUAUGGAUAAUGUGCAAGAUUUUUUCGGAAAGACUGACAAAUCAACUGUUAGUACAAAAGCUGGCACGUCAGCCAACCAGUCUGUCGGGGCAUCUGCAAAGUCUGGUCAAGAGACAGAUCCGGAGCUUGAGCAGAGACUUAAGGUUGCAUUUGCUGAGGGCUACAAGGCAAGAGAGGAAAGUUCAAAGAAAAAGUUUGGUAGUCUAAGGAGCUUUGUAUUCUUAGCCUUGGGCCUGUAUCUGUUGAUCCAGCUGUUCACGUCUGGAGUUUCUAUCAAACCAGAAGGGGGAUCGUUUGGCUUCCUUAACAGCAUGUCGUACGAGGUGAAUGCAGAGGAAAUAAACGUAACAUUUUCUGACGUCAAAGGGGCUGAAGAAGCGAAACAAGAGCUCCAAGAUGUCGUCAACUUUUUACGGGACCCCGAAAAAUACACAGCUUUAGGUGCAAAACUUCCCAAAGGUGUACUUCUGGUGGGACCACCAGGGGUGGGGAAAACGUUGCUGGCCCGGGCCGUGGCAGGUGAAGCUGGGGUGCCAUUCUUCCACGCCUCGGGGUCGGAGUUUGAUGAGCUGUUUGUUGGUCUUGGUGCCAAGCGGAUCAGACAGCUUUUCACUGCUGCCAAGGAGCAAGCGCCAUGUAUUAUUUUCAUCGACGAGUUUGACUCAGUGGGAGCUAAACGGACUAGUUCUGCAAUCCAUCCAUACGCCAACCAGACAGUCAACCAACUUCUGAAUGAGAUGGAUGGAUUUCAACAGAAUGAGGGAAUUAUAGUGAUGGGGGCAACCAACAAAGUGGAUAACAUGGAUAAGGCUCUACGGCGGCCAGGCAGGUUCGACGUCGAGGUGACCGUGGCUCUUCCUGAUCUGAAGGGACGCAAGGAAAUUAUUGAGCUUUACAUCAGCAAAAUAAAGAAAGACCCCACUGUGGAUGUUGAUAAGCUGGCCAAAGGUACUACAGGUUUUUCAGGGGCAGAGUUGGAGAACUUGAUCAACCAGGCUGCUCUGAAGGCUGUGAUUGACGGUCGGGAGACAGUGACCAUGUCACAUUUGGAACACUCUCGGGACAAAAUCAUCAUGGGUCCAGAGAGAAAGCAUCGUAUUCCAGAUGAAGAAACCAACUGGAUCACGGCGUUCCAUGAGGCCGGACAUACUUUGGUCGCGUUCUACACAAAGGAUGCCACGCCUCUGCACAAAGUCACAAUCAUUCCUCGUGGGCAGUCUCUUGGACACACUGCCUUCAUCGAUGAGAAGGAAGUGUACAACAGGACCGUAGCCCAGCUGAAGGCGUCCAUGGACACUGCAAUGGGUGGCCGGGCGGCGGAAGAGGUCAUAUAUGGCAUGGAGAAGGUGACCACUGGUGCAUCCAACGAUCUACAGAUGGCCACACGCGUUGCCACUGCCAUGGUCAUGGUCAACGGCAUGUCCGACAAAGUUGGCCUGCGAUCUUUCAGUGAUAUGGACAUCAGCCCUGCUCAGAGAGAAGCCAUUGACAAUGAAAUCAGGCGUCUCCUUUCGGACUCGUACGACCGGGCCCGGAACAUCCUGAAGCAGCACCAGCAGGAGCUGAACAACCUGGCCCAAGCGCUGAUAAAGUAUGAGACUCUGGACAAGGAUGAGAUCAAGACUGUCAUCGAUGGGAAGAAACUCAACAGAGCCCUCUGACCAGCAGCACCUCUAGAGAUCUAAAUACAAGGAAUGUUGCACUGUUUUCUUUGUACUGUCUGUCUUGAUUUGGCUGGUUGAUUUUUAUUUCACUAUUUUUCUUCUUUUUUUUUUAUUACAAAGAAAAAAAAAUUGGAGGGGGGGGGGGGGUGUUGUAAUACUUUUUAGAAGUCUGUGCUGUAUUGGAACAUAAUUACAGCAUUUGAAAACAUGGGAAGGCUAAGCUUUAAAGUAAAACAAAAGCAUUAACUGCUCAGUGUAAGACUUCUGCGUACAUCGUUUUUCAAAGUGACAUCUGGCGGAGUCUUACAAUGAGCAGUGGGCAUGAACACUUGUGAGUUGUGUCAAACUGUGGUCUGUCUCUAAUGACAAGGGCAAAAUUUAUAAUUCAGAAAGAGAAAGAGCAGCGAAAUAUAGGCAGUUUUUUUCUAUAUAUUUAUUUAAUUUCUAUAGUGGUACCAUUAUCAUUCUAGCUAAAUAUGCAGUAGCAAAAAAUGAGGCAUUAUUCUGAUCUUUUCCUAUGAAGAUUCACUUGUCAAUAUUUUCUUCAUGAUAUUGGCAUUGUAGUUGUUUUUUUGGGUCUGCUUUCAAAGAAGGUGUGUUCAUUCUACUGUUUUACUAAUAACUAAUAGUUUCUUAGUGAAGAACUCUGUACCGGUAUACAGUAGAGUCUGUUGGCAUGUGUUUUCUUUUCAGCACUGAUCGAAUGCUGCUGUGUUAAGAUACGUCAAAAUAAUUUGUUGACUCAACAUGAUCACUCACUAAGAAGAAUAGAGAUGAAAGUUUUUGUGGGUGGUUGAGAUACUUAGUAAACAUCAUGUAGCAAACUUUUUUUCUCUCCACAAUGAGUUUAGUUGUCUAAUUUUCCCAACCUAAUUUGUUUGGUAGAUCAUUCUGACCAUCGGUAAGAGUGGCAGCUAGGGCUACGUGUCUGCCCCUUUAUUUCCUUACGAGUUUUGAUUCAGUAUUGUGUAAUGUGUCAAAUGUCACGUCAUAGUUGCUGUGUUAAGGUGUGGAUUGUUCAUGAGUGGCUUCUAGGCAUGAGCGGAAAAUGAAUUAUGGCGAUGCUUGAGUUAAUCUGUUAUGUCGGAGCUGGACCGACAGCUGUGGUGUAGCAGUUAGUGUGGAAAAGACACAAGUUAGAUUCCCAUGUGUGAGGUAUUUUUAAAUCAAGCAUAGAAUCUUAUGUCUUUCCGCUGGGCUGGGACAUUGUAUCUCUCUCGGUCGGGGUUGGCCCUUACAGGCAGGGUUGAAGCCGCCCCGUCCUAAAUGAGCUAAUUUACUGAAUUGUAUUGAUGUGGGCUAAAAUAUCUACAAUUUCCAUGACAGUUAAAUCUUUCUGCUGGGUCAUCUUACAGCUAUUGUACCAUUAGAAGUUGUUUUUUUUUGUGUUUAAACACGAAGGGGUUGUCCUGGGGGGGGCUGUUAAUUCAAGGGGGUUCCAGAUUUGACUUAAUGGCUUGUCACAGUGGUUUUGUAUUUUCGCGGUAGGCCAGUGAUUGGUUGGGUGGUGAAUCACAUGCUGGUUUCAGAAGGGUUGGGUUGGGUUUUUUUUUACUUAUAUGAAACUUGUUGAGACAACAAAUGUUUUGAGAACACCACAAAUGUGAGUAAAAGUUGUGUAUCUAUCAUGUGCAUUUUGUCAUGUGUGCUCCUCAUUUUAGAAGCACUUCAUUUGAGUAUUGUUUAGCCUUGAAAAGAUUUGCAAGGAAAUUUGUUUUUUCCAUUGUUUUUCUUUCAAACCUUGGAAUCUAUUUAUCUGUUGGAAAAUGCAUUUAGAAGAGAUAGCUGUUUAUACGCUGGGAAGAUUAGAGAAAUGUUAAUUUACUUUGCUCACUGGACUUGAUGAGUGUUGACGGGUACCAGGUUAGAAACUUGUGUAUAUCAUGUAAGGUUAUGCCUUGAUUUGUGGGGGUGUUUUUCUGUAUUCAUUUUAACCGAAAUCUUUCGUCUUGUGUGUUUAAUCUUCCGAGCUUAUUGAGAAUGCAUUCACUCUGUUAGGGGAUGAAAGCAAAUGCUGUUGACAGGUUAUCUAUUUUUGUUUUUACUUGAUUGGUUUGUUUAUUUUUAAAUUUAUUUUUCAUCAGUUUAAAAUAACCAUUAUUUGUUGUGAUUGUGCUUCUCUGAGAGCCUCCAAAUUGUUCAUCCUGUGGUUUGUUGGGGAAAUGUUGACUCUUGUGGCUGUGUUUUCGUUGAUGCUUGUAUCUCGGUUUUGGUUGAUGAGUUUUGUCUUAGAUGUUGGUGGCUUGGGAAGUAACCUUAUCUCUGUCAAGAGAGGUGUAAAGUUUGCAAACCAAACAAGGACUGAUUACUGUUGUGAGGGGAGGUGGGGGAGGGGGGCUGUUGGUUCCCAGUCAAUCUAGUAAAGCAGCGUUUCUUGAUUGCUGUUUUUAAAGUCUGGUUUUAAAGAUACUUUUACUUUUUCAUUGGUUUCUUUUAUGUUUCAGAGCUAGUUUCUCUUGCUUUAGGUGGUUCCAAAUUCACGACAAUCAUGUGAAUGAGCUGUUUUUCUUUUAUGUUGGGUUUUCAGUUCCAUUUCUGGAACGGUUUCUUUCAACUUUGUGUCCUCAUGCAUGUGGCCCACUGUUACAGUGACUUUUUGUUUUUUGCAUCAGGCAGAGUGGUUAAACUAUGACAGAAUACAAAGACAAAAUGAUUGUUCAAGUGAAUACUUUUGUUACUCCGGUCAUAGCUGUUAAAUAUUUGCCUCAAAUGAUUGAGCCAGUUCUGGAUGAGACAUGACUGAAGAAAUGGGUGAACAUCUGAUACUUCUAUUUCUGGAUUUCCUUGUUGGUAUCCAGCCAUCAGAAGGUCAAAGUUAAAAGGGUUUUUUUACCAUCUGGAUUUGUUUAGCCGGGAUCAUUAAUUUUUGGAGUGCCGUGGUAUGGCUUGUCUUUUAGUGGUAUUACGGAUAGGUUUUAUGCACAGGAAUCUUCCUAAGCCUAUUGCCUGUUGGGUACCUAAUGUAUUUCUUGGGGAAUGUUGAAGCCACCCCGAUUAACAUCUUUUAUAAUGAAAAAAGUCAAGAAUAAACCAUUGUACAAAGAUC